GCAUUCCCCGCUCAGACAGACGCGGAGCCUGAGCGGCGAGCAGAGCAGUGCUCCCCGAGGAGCUCUGGGGGGCUCCGGAGAGGGAGACGCCGAAACCGGACGGCCGCAGCAGGAGGAGGAGGAGGAGGAGAAGGAGCAGCGACGACAGCCGCCGCCGCCGGCGCGCCUCCUCCCGAGCUGCCUUGCCUUUGUCCGCCGCGCGGGGCUCGGCUCCGGGCAGGACUGACUUGAGCGCCGUCGAGGCCGGCUUCGCAGGCUCCCCUGCUUCGCCUCGCCUGCCCGCGGCUCUCCAGCGGGCUCCGCGCGCCGCGGUUUCUUGCCCUUGGCGCCCCACCGCCCGCCGUCCAUGCGGGGAGCCUCCGCCGGCCUGCUGCCCCGGCCCGGCCGCCGCCGCCGCCGCCGCCCGCGCGGCCAGCAGCCAUGAGCCAGACGGAGCUAUCCACCUGUGCGGCGCCCCCGCCGCCCCCGCCGCCCCCGCCGCCGCCGAGCCAGCGCGUCUUCCAGGAGGCGGUGCGCAAAGGCAACACGAAGGAGCUGCAGUCGCUGCUGCAGAACAUGACCAACUGCGAGUUCAACGUGAACUCCUUCGGGCCCGAGGGCCAGACGGCGCUCCACCAGUCAGUCAUCGACGGCAACCUGGAGCUGGUCAAGCUGCUGGUCAAGUUCGGCGCCGACAUCCGCCUGGCCAACCGCGACGGCUGGAGCGCCCUCCACAUCGCCGCCUUCGGGGGCCACCAGGACAUCGUCCUCUACCUGAUCACCAAGGCCAAAUAUUCCUCGGGCGGCCGGUGAUGGUGAAGCCCCCGGCGGGCAAGCCCUCCGCGGGGGCUGGUGCGUUGGAAGCAAAGGCGCCCGGGAACGGGAUCCGCCCUCGGGCGGCAUCGGGCCGCCUGCCACGGAUGGAGAGCGCGGUGAAAAGGCGCGCGGGUCCCAGCAGCGCGCAGAGGGCCGGGUCUCCUCCGGGCCCCCGUCAAGGGCAAAGCCCUUCUGGGCCUGGCCGCGCAUCCGAGGCGGAGAGAGACUCCUCUGAAGACAGGGGAGGGAAGGGGGCCGGCCGCGUCGGAAAACGGAGGUGUGGGCACAGCGGCCACCCGGGGUGAUGGAGCGGAGCGAGACUGCCAGCCUGCCCCCCCGCACAAUCCCAGGUCCUCCUCCAGCUCCGGGACUCCGGGACUGGCAGCUGGACCCCGACUCCCUGCGCUUGGCGCCUUAAGAUUGUAGACUGGGGGGAGGCUAAGGAAAGAGGGAAACAUUCAAAGCUGCUUGGAAUACUUGUUUUGUACUUAUUUUACUUAUUUUAAUUUUUUUGGCAAGAGAUGUGGGGACUCAAAAGAUUUAUGGGGGGGACUUGCAUUGAGGGGAGGGGAAGGAUUUGCCCCCCUUCACAAGGUUUGGUGUUUGCUCUACUGUAAAACAAAACUCUCCCCCCUCCCCUUCCUCCCUCCUCCUCCUCUUCCAUCUACCUCGGUUGUGCCCCACAGUAUUUGCCGCCGGCUUGCCUCCCCCCUCUCCAGCCUGAGGAACUGGCCGGGUGCUUGAAGACGUGACCCCACACAGACAGGCGCGCACCCUCCACACCCCAUGCGCUGCUUUCCCUAACCUCCAGAACGACCCUCAACCCAGUCAUUAGCAUUUUGUGCCCUCCCCCCCUUUUUUUCUCAGUCUUGGUGUAAACUAGUUAAAAUUGGAGUAUCUUCGCGCCCAUCUGUCAGAGUGGUUUGUAUUCUGUUGGGGGCUAAAAAGGGUCACCUAAAAAAAAGUUGAGAAUCUCCCUCCACCUUCCACUAUGGACACAAAAAUAGCGCCGGGAUUUUGUCUGGGGUCCAGGCUGGAGUUUACCCCGCUGGUGCAAAUCCGUCCCCCAGCCCUUUGCUCUCUCACUUCUUGCUGUCCUGUCAAAUUGGAUCGCGUCGCGGUCAGCUUUGCGCAAAGACAGAAGAAAAAGGCCUUUUUUAAAAAAAAGUAGUUGCGGUGAGUUCAGCCAGACCUUGAAAAGUGAAAGGGGGAGGGCCGGGCAACAGCUGGAGAAGUGGUCUGUAAAAGGGCCAGAGCGCCCCCUGCUGCCCACCGAGAAGGAAACCAGAUUUCAACUUUGAAUAAUGCUUUCAGUGUCCGUUCUGAAACGUGUCUUUUUCUAAAGUGACUGCAACUGUCUGUUGAAUGCUGCUUUACCUUCCUGGCGCGUUGCAUGCCCACAGACAGCCCCCGAGAAGCCCACCCGCCUCGGCCUCCCUCCUCCCUGCAGUGCGGGGUCCUCCUUUCCCCCUCCCGCCUUUCGGCCUGCACUAGAGCGAUGCGUUUUGCCACUGCCAUAUUGCCUGUGCCUCCCCACGCCUUUUCUCAAGCAGCCAUCAAACCUUUGAAAUGUAGUUUUCCAUUGUGUUUGGGCGAUGAGUGUUUCACUAUUUAUCGCGUGCGUGCGUGCGUGCGUGUGUAGCGAGCUGGGUGGUUUGCUCAAAGAGAUCUUGGAGUGGUUUAGAAAUACAGUUCAGGGGGAAUGGAACGAGGGCUUGUGCAUCCCCCGUGGGGUUCUGCUAUAUCCCCCCCCAACUGCACUGAGUUGUAUUCUGCUAUCUCCACAGUUUCAUUUGCAGUCUCUCUCUUAUGUCACCCCUUCCCCCUCCUCACAUCAAACCUGAGAGAGAUGUUGCUGGCCUCUUUCAAAAGUGUCUUUGAAUACUGUAACUCCGUAAGGAAUUGUGUGUGCUUCUUCAGAGCUCAUUUUUUUGGGUGAAUUUAUUAAGAGUGUUAUACUGUGUGUCAGGAGUGUGCUUUUGAUUUUUGGAUUCUCAGUGGGGGAGAAUUUUCUGGUGUCUGUUUUAGAGUUGCACAUAACUUCUUCCUUUGUCCUCCCCCCUUUUUUCCUUAAAUGGAUUUGCCACAAUAAAAUGUCAUAACAUUUAUGACAUGAUUAUUAAUAAAAAAUAGUUUAUAUUCAGAAUUUCAAGAUCUGGGCUAGGUUAUUAGGAAAAGAUCUUGGUUUGAAACCCAAUUUUCUAAAGGAAGACUCUCUUGGGAGUGUUUGUAAAGAUGUUAACACAUAUUUAUAUUUUUAUAUAUAAAAAGUAUGCCUUUGAAGACUGUGAAACCUUUUGUGGGUAAAAUGAAAUAUGGAGGGAUGCUUAUGUCCCCCCCUUUCCUUUUAAAGAUUUGGGGAUUCUCCUCCCCCCCCCCAGCUGCCUGGAAAAGGUUUUCCACCAACAGUGAGAACUAGGUUGGGAAUACACACCUAUUUAUUAUUAUUAUUAUUAUUGAGGGGGGUCCUGCUCUGGAAAUGGGCAAGCCUGUGAUUUGGGGGUUAAUAUUUUUUGCCUUAUUGCCCCAGCGAGCAGUUGCCUGGCCUGCCAUGUGAUCUGAAGUAAGUUUACUCUGAAGUAAGCCCUGCUGAGUUCAAAGGGACUUGCACUUUAGUAAGUAUGCUUCGGAUUGCAACCUUAGUGUGUAGGGGUUUAAUUCUUUUUCUAUGCAACUCCACAAAGUCUCCAUAUAUGUUUGGAUGAUCUCUCCACCCCCUAUCUUGAAAAAUAAAAGGGAUUUUGCUCCCCCUCAUCUUGGCUUGUGCUGCUGUAAUUCUCUGUGCCAAAAUGGAGAAUCUCUAACUCCUUAUCUUUAAUUUUUUUAAAAAAGAGGUUGAGGGGGUCUCUUUUGUGCACAAUUGAACCAUUUGGCAGUCUGUAAUAUUCUGAAAUAUUUUUCUUAGAAAAAUAUGUUAAUGUCAGUGAAAUAAGCAGACAUUGGAAGCUGAUGAACUCUGGAGAGGAGUUUCUCUGUAGAUGGUGGUGUUCCUUUCCCCUUCUAGAUGGCAAAUACCUUUUUUAAUUAUGUUAAUUAAUUCAUUAAGAAUUUUAGGCUUAUAUUGAAGCUAUAUGUGGGUCACUGUAUGAUCACUUUUUUUAACUGGAUAAAAAAACCACAGCUCUGUACAAGAUGGUGUAUUCCUGAGUGUAUGAUAGCCUCGCAUAGUCCCAGGGUGAGAAAUUUAUAAAUAAAUUUUUUUUCACUGAUCUUUUUAUAUAAAAUCUUUUUGGUCAUUUCUUUCCCCUCUGUCUGAAGGAUGCACUUGCUGUCCGAUUCUGAGUAAAUGCUUGCAUGCACAGGACAGGGUCAGAUGUAAAUGCUGUUGGUUUUCCCAACCCACAAAUGGGUCCCCUUCCCACAUCCACAUUUGCAGCUUGAUCUGCAGCACGUCUGCUAAGAAGCCCCGGAACACUCAGUGCUGUUUACUCCCAAGUAAGGGAAUCGAGGAAGCCCCCUUAUACUGAGUCAGACCACUGCUCCAUCUAGCUCAGUAUUGUCUACACUGACUGGCAGCCACUCGCUAGGAUUCCAGAUAAGGCUUUCUCCCAACCCUACCUGGAGAUGCCUUUGAGGCCUUUUGCAUGCAAGGCAGAUGCUCUGCACCUGAGCUAUGACCGCCCUUCUCCGAUGCAAACUUAGGCAUUGCAAGAUUGCUAUCUGAUGGCUAGAUAGAUCCUCCAGGUUUCAAAGUAGUAUACCUCUAAACCAAAAAUGCGGAGGACUAUUUCCAUGUAGCUGGCCACUGUGGAAAGCAGGGGGCUGGGCUAGGUCAGCCCCUUUGAUCCGAUCUAGCCUCUGUCUUUUCUCCAAGUGCUGCCGGGCUGGGGGUGGUGCACCUCUUCAGGGAAGGAAACAUUAUUGCUGAUGGGCCUUCUGGGGUAGGAACUGCUGAGGCAGGCCCAAGAGCAAGAUGGGUGCCAUUAUGAACUCUGGGUGGGUGCCCGGGGGGGGAUUUUUUCUCUUGCUGUCAUAAUCCUAGAAAUUUGGGAAGUUGCAGUGCAACUGCUUGGCUGUAGGAUCCCGACUUGCAACCCAAAGGGCUGUUUGCACACCCUCACGUUUGGCUGCUCCUGGCGUUUCCAGCUGUGCAUGCACUGCCCUGGGGUCCAUUGGGAUGAAGGGCAGUUUAGACAUUCCAAAAGGAAGUUCUCAUUCUGCAUUCCUGGGAAACUGGAUGUUUUUGUCCUGCCUGCCAGUUAUCAAGCUUUCAAAAAAGCAUUUUUGGGGGAGAUCCAAGUGAGGAUGGCCUAAUUCAGCCUUCCUGACCUGCAGGUGUUUUGCACUACACCUCCAGCCUCUCUCUGAAUUCAUCAGCCAGGGAGCUCCCAAUUUGUCGUCCUGGCACAGCUACUGAGGCCUGGGAGUCAGAUUUCCCCUCCUAAAAUGUCUUCCUCAGCCUUGCCUCCACCACUUAGCCCUAUACAACCACUACAUGGUAAAAUAACAAUUGUAAUUUUAUCUUGUAAGUUGCUUUGAGAUUUUUUUUGUACAGAGCAACCAACAAAUGUAAAAUAACAGCAGUUGGGCACAGUACUAUUUUAUGAUAAUACUGGCCAUCUUCGUUGGAAAUGUACUACCUUCAAGUUGAUCCCAACUUAUGGAGAGCCUAUGAAUAGGGUUUUCAUGGUAGGCGGUAUUCAAAGGGGGUUCACCAUUGGCGUCCUCUGAGGCUGAGUGGCAGUGACUGUCCCAAGGUCACCCAGUGAGCUUCAUGGCUGUGUGGAGAUUCAAAUCCUGGUAAGCAAAAAAUUAUUAUGUUAACAUCCGCCUUGCAGAAGGCCAAAUGGAGGGUUUAGACCUGUCACACUUGCAGGGUUUUGCUUGGGAUUAAAAACUGCCUCACACUGCCCCUAACUGUGGGUGGGGGUGUGAGAAGUGAAGGGCCAUCUCCUCCCCCCUGCUCUCCAAGGUAGGGAGGCUGAAGGAAAGGUGCAACAAAGGCCCUGUGCUAUAUGCUUUAAGUUGGAUUCCUGCAUUGAGCAAGGGGUUAGACUUGAUGGCCAUAUAGGCCCCUUCCAACUCUUAGUAUUCUAUGAGGACAGAAACCUUGAAGGAAGGAUAAGUGAAGAAGGCUUGGGGCAAAGGUGAUGGAAGUGUAACAAUUCCCCAUACUGACAAAAAUGUUUUGGUUUGGUUUUAUUGUGGCUGUAAGCAUCUUUAUUAUUUAACUUCAUAUUCUCUAGUCAUCUCAUUUGCAAUAGCCAUAGUUGUCCAAAACUGCAGUUCUGGCAAACAUUAACUUCAGUAGUUAGCAAAGAAGCUGAGGCCUAGCAGCUCAGGCUUUGCAAAGCUCAUGCUAAUUGCUAUGAACUUCUGGCUUGCUGCACAUUUGGUGAUGCCAUUUAUGUUCCUGCAUCAAAUAUUGGAAUAAGUCAUUAGAGCGUGCUUGGGGUACUGAUUGGAGUAGUAUAAUGGCAUGAGGGAGGGAGGGAGUCAUAUUCCCUUUCAUCCACUCAGUUCACUGGCUGACCUUGAGCAGGAUCUCUCAGUCUAAUCUACCUCACAUGAUUGUUGUGUAAGAAUAAAAUGUGUGUGUGUGACCCUCUGCCUGAGUUCCUUUCCUCCUCGUUAACAAAAAGACAAAAGCAAGAACUUCCUUGGGGUAAAGUGUAACUAACAGCCGCAAGAUGUGUGGUGGUGCCCCUCGCUAAUGUCUCUUUCAAAAAGGAGGAUUGGGCAAAUGAACGGGUUUAUCAUUUGUUGUCUGGAGCCUCCAUGAGCAGAUGCAGUCUACCUCUGAAUAGCAGGGGCUGCAGACUUAACAACAAGGGGAGAGCUGUUGCAAGCAGAAGGUUUGGCCAGAUGCACCCUUGGAUUGCUCAAGGGAGGGGAUCCUUAGGAAGGGUUAGACAAGUGCAGAGAGGGUGCUUACAUCUCUGUUGUUAACUCAUCCAAUACAUUUCAACCCUGUUUUUCUGUAAGCGUGUUAUACCCUGAAGUGGCAUAUUUAUAUUGUCAGCCGAUAUGGAGUAUAGUUGGUCAUAGGAAGAACGCUGGGGACUGGCCCGGGGACCGCAGAUGGCUGGGGAGGCCAUUGCUUUCAUCCAGCCAGAGCCUUCUCCCUCUGAGCGCUCGGGUCCCCUGUGCACAGCUUGGAACGGGUUUGCAAGCGUGGGCAGAGAUGUGGAUGGGGCACGGGCAGCUGUCUUAUGCAGGGUGGUCUUCAAUGCUACUCUGACUCAGAGGAGACCCAUUGACGUUAACAGAGAUGACUCACCUAGGUCCGUUCACUUCAGUGGGUCCACUCUGAGAAGGCCUUAGCAGAAUACAACCCAUGGAAUCAGAGCAACAGUCCCGUCUAGCUCAGUCUUCUCCCUGACUAGCAGCAGCUGUCCGGGGUUCCAGAGUGGAGUCUCUUCCAGCCCAACCUGGAGAUGCUGCAAACUGAACGUGGGGUGUUCUGCAUGCAAAGCAGACAUUCUGCCGCGGAGGCGAGCCGGGUGUGGCAGCACCCCAAAUUUCCUGGAGCUAUCCUGCAAUGUUUUGGGGACAAUACAGGAAAUCUUUCGUGCCCCCUCCACUUUAAGAAGACCUCCUGCCUUCUCCCAGAAAUAACGCUGUCCAGAACAGAAACUCUAGUUCCUCUUCUUUUCUUUUAAAUGUUUGGGUUAUUUCUGUUACUGAUUUCUUUGCUUUUUUAGUUGCGGACACUCAGGCGUGAGUGUGUGUGUGUCCGCUGACCGCCUUGCAUGGGCUCAAGACAGCAGAGCUGAAGCACCCAAAAAUAAUGUUGAACUUCUCAAGUGUUUCCUCCAAUUGUCUUUUGUUUGGGCAACUGACUCCAAAACAAAUGGAUCCGUCACUUCUCAGUCCUCUGCAGGGUGGGUGAGGGGAGAUGACAAGGCAAGAGGGCCUUUGUUGCAUCCUUCAAGCACAGACAAGAGCUUCUUUUGGUUGGGGAAGGACGUUUCUCUGUUAGAUUGUAUUGUUGCUUGCCUUCCUUUAAUAUAAUUCAAUA